CUGGUGCAGAGUGAGUUGGAUGGCAGCCAAAAGCGGGCACCGCGGCGGUCUGAUCCUUGACAGCAGAAGCUAGCUCUUGGCACCAGGAUUUCCGGAACCAGUCCUCGCCAGCAGGGAGAGGCGACGGGCACGGGUGGUGAUUGUUGUUGACCCUCGCCUCGGAGCCUGUAGCCUGGCAUUUAACCCACUCAACUGCCUUCGGGUGGUGGGGUGGGCUCUGACAGAACAAUACCUGCCGUGUUUAGAGUCCCAAGGGGGGCUACUGGACAGUGCUCCCUCGGGGGAUCCCCUUGUUCUCCUGGGGGGCUUCAAUGCUCACGUUGGCAGAGACAUGGAAACCAGGGGAGACGUGAUUGGGAGGAAGGCCCCCCGGUGUAAGGAUGAUUGGGAGAAAGCGGUGAUUGGGCGAACAAAGUGUUGAUUGUGAGCUGUGCUGGUGAUGUCAGGAGCAUGUGAACCAGCGCUCAGCUGAUCUUCUCAGUUGCAGGGUUGAGCAGCAGCUGCACGGAGGUGUUUGCAGUCAUGGAGCGUAAACUGGAUUUAUCACGUCUGACCGACGAAGAAGCCAAACACGUCUGGGAGGUGAUUCAACGGGACUUUAACCUGCGCAAGAAAGAAGAAGAGCGACUAGGCAAGCUGAAGGACUCCAUUGACAAGGAGGACACCAAACGCGAGCUGCUGGGCUUACAGAACAACUUGGCCGACUCGCUGUGCAUCCGCUGCCUGCAGCCCUUCAAGUUCCUGGUCAACAGCAAGCGCCAGUGCCUGGACUGCCGCAUGUUCACCUGCAAGUCCUGCAGCCGCUACAACAAGAAGGAGCACGGCUGGGUGUGCGACAACUGCCGCAUGACCAGGGUCCUGAAGAUCGGCACCCUGGGGUGGUACCAUGACAACGUCCGCAAUCGAUUUAAGCGCUUUGGCAGCGCCAAGGUGAUGAGGUCACUGUACAAGAGGCUGAACGGAGAAGGUGGGCGUGAUGACGACACUCAGAGCAUGCCGGAUGUCCGCAGCCACGUGUACAAUGCAAACGAGGACGAGCACGGAGACGUGGAGGCGCAGCGAUACAAAUCGAUGCGUAAAAAUAAACGCCUGCUGUCCGUUCAUCCCUUUGACUUUGACUCGGAGGACUACUUCCUGUAUUCACGACGGCCGUCCGUGCAGCAGAUUCAGGAGGACGCAGGGUACGACUGGAGCCUUCAGCGAAUGCAUCGCAGGAAGAGUCUGGACCGCUACGCACUGAGAAACGAUGAUUACGGUGACAGUCGCAUGGUUGGGACUCGUUCUCUGUCCAAGAUCAACUCGGUGGCACGUCAGCAGUACAUGGACACGUCAGAUGAGGAGGAGUGCGCCAGGCUUCCACCCCUUUACCCGCCCCCGUCCUACCGGCGCCGCAACAGCCGCGCCUCCUCUCAGGAGAACCUGGGUCUAACCCCGCCAAUCAACGAGUUGAGCAAACGCAUGUCCGCCAUCGAGAGCCUGCUGAGUCGCUUGGAGGAGAAGAUGACGCCAGACAAGGCGUCUGGACCAUCAGCCAACGAGGAGGAGAAGCUCAGGAAGAAGCUGAGCGAGCUGGCCGGGCAUCUGAGCAGCAAACACCUGUCAUCAGAUGACGAGACUGACAAGAAGAAAAGCUUUGGCGGCGGAAAAGGGGCGGCUAUGAAGGAUCUCAGCUCGUCCAGCGAGGACAUCCCAAGUGAAGCACAGAAGAGAACCACCGCCUCUGCCCUUUGCGACCUCACCAGCGAGGCCCUGAGAAGCAUUAAUGCCACAGAAAAGGCCAUGGUGGAGUUUGGCCUGUCAGAGCCGGCCCCCAGAAGCCGCAUGUUAGGCACUGAUGCUCAGCGGGCCGAUGAGGCGUUCAGGGAACUUGAGGAAAAUGUGUACGUGGCGGCCGGUCAGUCCUACGAGUUGGAGAGCAAGCUGCGGCGGCUGGAACAAAGCGCCAAAGAUCGUUUCGGGGGGGCCACUGACUCUGAGCUGUCGGAGCUGGAGGACGUGGUGGCGCUAACAGCCGCCCGGGUACAGAGCGCUGAAAGCGAGGUUUCUGACAUCGAGAGUAAGAUUGCGGCUCUCAGCGCUGCGGGAUCCAAGAAGAAGCUUUCUUCAACGCAGAGGAAAAAGUCCUCGCACGAGCACGUCACCAAAGCUGCAAAUGGAGCUGCCUGGAAAUCCAACAUGUCUUGAAGCUUCUUCCCUUCACCCAAGUCUGGAAGCACAGCUGGCCAAAGUACCACGAUGUCUACCAUCUCACCAGAAGAACCACAAAGUACCACAAUGUCUACCAUCUCACAAGAAGAACCACACAGUUCCUCAGCACCAUCAGGAUCUUACUCAAAACAAGGCAGGCCUUCCAAAUACUGUGGUAUUACUGUGAUGUAGCGUGUACUGUAUAGUACAACACCAAGCCUUUGUUCUUCAAAUACUUGUCAUAUCUUCAUAAGUUGCUAUCUUAUCUUUACCUGCUUUGCUGCAUUGCUGCCAUGGACACAUUCUCAUGUUUUUCCUUGCUGGAAGAACUGUGGACCAGCUCUAAACCUUCUCAAAAAUACAACACGCAGCAAUCAGCAGUCAUUUUCCAAGUAUAAAAUACAAAUAUUACUUGUCAAUUUACUAGAACACCCUUAAUAAUAAUACUCCAAGACAAAAACAUCAUGUCUGUUAGGCAAGAAAUAUUAUGGGCAACAAAGAAAAACCUUGUCAUCUUUGGAAAAUGAGCUUGUCAUGUAAAGUAUCGCGAUAUGAUGGAAAUCCAGUCAUCAUAUGAGGAUAUUAAAGUAUCGCGAUAUGAUGGGAAUCCAGUCAUCAUAUGAGGAUAUUAAAGUAUUGUGAUAUGAUGGGAAUCUAGUCAUCAUAUGAGGAUAUUAAAGUAUUGUGAUAUGAUGGGAAUCCAGUCAUCAUAUGAGGAUAUUAAAGUAUCGCGAUAUGAUGUGAAUCCACUCAUCAUAUGAGGAUAUUAAAGUAUCGCGAUAUGAUGUGAAUCCACUCAUCAUAUGAGGAUAUUAAAGUAUCGCGAUAUGAUGUGAAUCCAGUCAUCAUAUGAAGAUAUUAAAGUAUCGCGAUAUGAUGGGAAUCCAGUCAUCAUAUGAGGAUAUUAAAGUAUCACGAUAUGAUGGGAAUCCAGUCAUCAUAUGAGGAUAUUAAAGUAUCGUGAUAUGAUGGGAAUCCAGUCAUCAUAUGAGGAUAUUAAAGUAUGAGAAGAAUGUACAAAAAGAAAGCUGAAAUGAAAAAUCAAACCACAAAGUCAAAACAACUGUAGGAAAAAUAUUAAAGUCAUAUUCAAUUUUUUUUUUUUUUACAAUUUUACAAGAAGAAACUCAUAACACUAUGUGGAAAAAUAAAGUAGGCAUAAUAAGAGAAAAUAAAACAUAAGACAUAUAAAUCCUGUUUACCACCUUCUAAAUACACUUUUUAACAUUAAAGCCUUCUAGACAUGAACUAACACCCCUAUAGUCACCUUUACACUCCUUUUAGUCAAUAUAGUAGAUAUAAUAAGAGAAAAUAAGACAUUAGGCGUAAUGAACCCUAAUAAACCUGCACUUCAUAUUGCAAACAUUUGUUGAAGUAAUGUUUGGCUAUGGAAUGUAGCUCACAUGAGAGAAAACAUUCAGUAAAGAAUGCAGUUCUGAGCUGAGAUAAAGGGUUGAUGGUUUAUCAAUGCAAUAAAGAUGCACGCAGCCCACCCGUCUGACCAAUGGGCAACCAGGUUGGGUCAUUUCGGCGGGUCCCAAAUGCUUGGUAGAUUUCAAUGUAGUGAUUUUGUAGGUUCUGUAGUGUCAUAAUCAGGUCCAAAUGGGUUCAGAGACCUUCUGAUAAAUAUAUUCAUUUGUGCACUGGAGGGCUUACAGGCUUAUGCUUGAAGAAGGCCAAGCCGCAUCCCUCUACGGUGGCACGGCGUAGCCAGUUGGAGCAGGUGCGCCAUCUUCUCAGCAUUAAUGGGUAGCCAAGUUUCAAACAUUUUUAAAGCCAAUUCCACGUGCCACACUAAUAAGACAUAAACAAUGCAAACUUAACACGCCCGUGGGGGAACUCCCCAAUGUCCAUCCACAUUCCAACUGUUGUCCCUCAGGCGUGUGGCCAUGUAGACCGCCAUGUCCCGCAUGUACAUCUCUACCUGGCUGACAACUUUCUCCACCAGUCUUCCAGCUGUGACGCAUGUUGCUUUGAUAUGUAAAGGUUCUGUUCAAACAACGUUUUCAGUCACUAAAAUAUGGAUGUUUUUCUUCAUCAAAUCAUUUUGAAGUUUGUUACCUGGUAACCCAGGUGGUGUCUGUGCCUUACUCUGUGACUUGCUGACUGAUCUCAGCCUCUUCCUGAGGUUCCUUCACCUUCCCUCCAGGAAUGCAGUGGUUGGCCGGUGGUUCCCUGCUGGGGUUUAGCCUAUUUCCUACCCAGAAAUGCAAAUCUGCUGACGUGGCGGUCCAGAAGCAAGGCCACGCGGCGCUGGCUGCGCGGAUGAGGAUGGUUGUUUGCCCAAUGUCUGGGUUCACCACAGUUGAAACGCUGUGGCGGUCCUGAGUCCAAGGGUGUGCCCCCCUGGACUGGUCACAAGCUAAUCGCAGGGCACAUAGAUGGAGUUGAAAGGUUUCAGAUGGGCAAAAUAUAAACAAAUUUACUCACGUUAAGUCAGAAUUGGUGGAAUCCCGUGGCGACCGGUCCGAGAUGGAGUUGGUGAUCCGGAAGGCCAGUCACCGUCCGUCGCCGGGCCAGAGAUCAAACAAGGGACACAAAGUUGUUUUGGCAAUUUUUCUAUAAGCUUUGGUACAGCUGAGAAGAGGGCCAUCUCCAUGUGUCCAAUAGUGCAAGGAAAUAAGGACACCAACAGGCAUAUUUCACAGUGAGAAGGUGCAGGAGCAAGGAACUUUUUUUCUUCUAAAAAGCGGGUAGACACUCUGCCAGCUGGCAGAUCGCGCCGACAGGCCGACCUGAACAGGAGUCAUUGGAGGGCCAAGACUGUCCUACCAGUUUCUCCAGCAGGUGAUUUCAUUGAUGAGAUCCAGAUCAUCUGUCAGAUGUGGAGGGAAUUGAGCGGCAUCAAAGGAGUUCAGAGGAGCAAAAGUGGCUGUGUUGAUGGAGUCCUCUUGAGAGUGUUGAAGAUGAACUUCAUAAAUGUCCGUGUAAAUGGAUGUAAACUUCCCCCAUAUGAGUUCCUUUGCUGCUGCUUUUUCUUUAUCUGUCCAGAUUCGUUUUUUAGAAAUGUCAAGUAGCUCCGGGAAACCUGUGACACGGCAAGUAUAGCGUACUGAUUAGCAUCCUGUCCGCUCAUUGGUCCAUCAAUGAAAGAGAUAUGAGUACCCACUUGCAGUCAAAAUGUAAUGAUGUCAUAUAAACGUAAUCAGUAAAAAUAAUAGGUGAAAAACUAACUGUCGAAAUGUAAUUGAUGGCGUGUAAUAAUGUAGGGGCCACUUUUUAUUGCUCAUAUCUGCUGAGACCAUUUUGAAACUCCCGCUGUUUUUCUAGCAGCCAGUUCUGACGCGUAGAGGCGGGCUGACCUGGUGGUCCGCUAUGAACACAUGUGGGGUGUAUGUUUUCCAAACAACAAAUAGUGAAUAUGUUUAAACACGGGUUCUGAAAUUAUAACUCCCAUGUGGGAAUCGUGUUGGGAUCACAUUUAUUCCUCAUGGUGAUAAAUUGUGAAUAAGUUUAAACACGUGUGACAUAUGAAUUUGUCAACGUGGAGGUGAAAUAGAAUACUUUGACCAGCAGCAAAUUAUGUGUGACACAUGGGAAAGGAGUCAGCUGGAGCCUCUGGUGCUUUAAGAAAAAGCAAUGUUGAAUAUUUACAAGUAUGUAUGUUUGUAUAUAUGUACGUGUGUGUGUAUAGCCUGAGGAAAAGAAAAAUUCAAAAAGUUAUAUCUCACAAAUGUUUCAUCCAUUUCUCCUGGACAACUUUGAGAUCUGACUGACAGCAAAGUGAGAUUAGGGUUCAUUUCUCCAGUGUUUCAGAUGCACAAAAUCUCUAUUGUCUCAAUUGUCUCAUUCAACUCCCUUAAAGUUUCAGAGAUCAUUUUGGGAGUCACGCUGUUUUCCUACCUACCCCAGGCAGGUUGACAGGGUCACGGGGUGAGGUGGUGAGGGCCGUGGUAGCGAUGAUCUUGUCACACCUUGCUUGUCGCUCUGCUGCCGCCUGUCUGCCAUCUGUCCGCAGUGCACCUCAGCCGGCGAGGGCGGAGACGUCGGAGUGCACCUGCGGACAAUCAGCAAUCUAACUUGUGGGAUUCUUAAGCAAGGCAGCGAGCACACCUCGUUGCCAGAUUGUACUCCUUGAUUCCCUGACUUCCUGACCACCUGCUCCUUGCUCCCGCUUAGCUUGGCUCCUUGUUCCUUACCCUGCAUUCUGGCGCCCUUACCUGCUUGUUUAUUCAGCCCUGUAUCCAAGAUAUCCCCUGUCAAGUUUGCCUAGUGUUUUCUGUUUGUACUUUGUUUUUUGUUCCUGAUAGCCUUUUGCUGUCAGUGUUUUUCGUUAGUUACCUGUUAGUGGAUUUUCCUUAGUUGUACUUUUACCUU